CUUAAGAAAUGUUAUUUAUUUAUCAUGAUUUUAGAUAUUCCUUUUUUCUUGUUAAAAUACAGCAUGAUUGCGCAAUGUUGGAAUAAAAUCGACCCUUAAUUAUCACAGACCCUUGAUCGUAUUACAAUAGAGAGAUCACACAUAUUAAUUAAAUGUUUUUUUAAUAAGAUAUAAUAUAUAGAUGAAGUAUUGUCCUCUAUGAUAAAAAGCUUAUUAUACAAUCAUUUCUUUAUUAAUUAGCAUUACACUCGUCAAGUGUAUAUUAUACAACUGCAUAUGUGCAAUUUAAAACUCAAUCUACAUAUCAUACAUGUAUAUUUGACAAAUACAUUCACAAUACAACGGGUAUUUGCUAUGUAAAAUAAAAUAAAGAUAUCCCUUUAAUGCAAAUGUUUGCAACUGAUAUUUGACAUGUUAAAUUUCUGUUAUUUAAAUAAGUCAUUGUUUUUGUGAACAAUAAGCAUAGAAUAAGUGUUUAGCGAUAAAAUAUGUACUAUACAUAUUCUCUUUAUAUAAAUAAACUCAACAUUGCCGGUAAUAUGCCAUUCACGAAAGAAUACAAAUGUGAACUUUAGAGUCUUUAAAAGUACUAGAAAUAAGUAUUCGGAAAGAAAUACGCUGUGCGAGACGAUAAAACAAAAGCUAAGGAAAAGAUUGUUCAUAAAUCUCCUGAUACUAAAUUAUGGAUUGCAACAAGGAAACGACUGAUGUUGAUCCUGAAGCUAUCGUUAUUUCGGGCAUUGCUGGAAGAUUUCCUAAAUCCCACAAUAUCAGGCAUCUUCAAGAGAAUCUUUUUAAUAAAAUGGACCUCGGAUCGGAUGACAACCGACGAUGGAAUCAUGAUCACCCGGAUGUGCCACAACGAACAGGAAAGGUCGAUAACAUCGAAAAAUUUGAUGCAGAAUAUUUCGAUAUUUCCUUCACCGAAGCUGAAAUGAUGGAUCCUAUGUGUAGAUUGCUACUGGAACAUGCUUAUGAAGCUAUUGUCGACGCUGGAAUGAAUCCGAAAGAUUUAUAUGGAACAAGAACUGGAGUUUUCAUCGGGACAUGCUAUUCUGAAUCAGAAAAGACUUAUUUUUACGAGAAACCACAGGUAGCCGGUCUUGGACUUCUCGGAUGUGCCAAAUCCAUUCUGGCAAAUCGAAUUUCGUACUGGCUUGGUCUAACAGGACCAUCUUUCAUGCUCGAUUCUGCGUGUAGUUCAAGUCUCAUCGCUGUUGAGCGCGCAUACAGAAGUAUCCGAAUGGGAGAAUGUGAUGCCGCUAUCAUCGGUGGUUCAAAUCUCUGUCUGCACCCCUGUAUAUCUUUACAAUUCUCACGACUCGGAGUUUUAUCGUCGACCGGAUUCUGCAGACCUUUCGAUGAAGAUGCGUAUGGUUACAUGCGUAGUGAAACAGUAGCAGUGGUAUAUUUGCAAAAAGCAAAGAAUGCUAAAAGAAUUUAUGCCACUAUGGUCUACGCCAAGACGAAUUGCGACGGAUACAAAGAACAAGGCAUCACCUUUCCGUCAAGCGAAAUGCAAGGGACAUUGCUUCAACAAUCUUACGACGAAUGUGGCAUGCCGGUCACUUGUUUGGCUUAUAUGGAGGCUCAUGGUACCGGCACCAGGGUGGGAGAUCCGGAAGAAAUCAAUGCGUUAAAAAGAGUUUUCUGCAAGAAUAGAAAAUCUCCUCUAUUAAUUGGUUCGAUCAAAUCAAAUCUAGGACAUUCCGAACCCGCUAGUGGUUUGUGUCAAAUUGCCAAGGUGCUUAUUGCAAUGGAGACCAGUAUCAUUCCACCGAACAUACACUUUACAAAGCCACGAAAAGGCAUCGAGGCUUUCGAAGACGGAAGCAUACGAGUAGUAACCGAUCCAACGCCAUGGGAACCUGAUUACGUAGGUAUUAAUUCGUUCGGUUUUGGUGGAGCCAAUUGCCAUGUCCUUUUACAACCCAAUCUAAAGAAAAAAAUCAACGGAGGAACACCAAAUGACAAUCUACCCAGGCUCAUCGUUAUGUCUGGUCGCACUGAGCAGGCAGUGGAAUCAUUUCUAAACGAGAUCGAGAAUCGGCCAAUAGACGUUGACUAUGUUCGGCUGUUGCAUGAUCUAUUUGCUAAAGAUAUAUCAGGCCAUCCUUACAGAGGGUACUCUAUUAUCGAAUCUGCAACAAUGAUUAAACCAAUAAAAAAAAUACAACAAUAUUCAGGCGUUAGAAAGCCAGUAUGUUUUGUAUUUUCUGGAAUUGGAUCUCAGUGGCCUGGCAUGGGUCAAGCAUUAUUGCAAUUUCCAGUAUUUUCUAAAACCGUAGAAAAGUGCGAUACAAUUCUAAAAACGCAUGGGAUGCAUAUAAUCGAUAUAUUAACAGGUAAACACGGAGUUAUUUCCAACAACAUAUUGAACUCGCUCGUUGGUAUCACUGUAAUGCAGGUCGGAUUAAUUGAUCUUCUAAAAUCCAUAAAUGUUACACCAGACCACGUUAUUGGUUAUUCAAUUGGUGAACUUUGUUGCGGAUAUGUCACCGGUAACUUCACGAUUGAACAAGUAAUUUUGUCCGCGUAUUAUAUAGGACUGGCGUUGAAUGAAACAAAAAUAAUUCGCGGUGCUAUGAUGAAUAUCGCACUUAGUUAUGAGAAAGCGAAAAGCAUAUGUCCACCAGAUAUCGAAAUUUCUCGCUUCAGUCCAAAUAGUUGCUUUAUAAGUGGACCAAAGGAAUCAGUAAAAGCACUUGCAACUAAAUUACAGCUUAAUAGUAUCAAGGAAAUCAACUGUGACGAUAUCCCUCUUCAUAGUCGUUAUCUCACUCCAGCAGAGGCGACGAUUCACACUUAUUUGAAUAGAAUAAUACCGCAAACAAUGACGAGCAGUCACAUAUGGACAAGUUCAGUUUGUGACACGAAAUUAUCAUAUGCUGAAUUUUUCACGAAUAAUCUACUACGUCCCGUGUUCUUCGAAAAAGUUACGCAAUCGAUCCCUAAAAACGCGAUAAUGAUAGAAAUUGCGCCAGAUGAUAUUCUUCAAAACGUUAUGAAGGACUUUUCUGACACGAAUGUCGCAUUAAUUCAACGCAAUCAUAAAGAUAAUGUUAAAGUAUUUUUGCAAGGUUUGGGAAAGAUAUACAACACCGGUUCACAGCCGCAACUAGCAAAUUUGUACCCAGCAGUACAAUUUCCUGUUAGUCGCGGGACACCAAUGAUCUCGCCAUCAAUCAAGUGGGAUCAUUCCGAAGAUUGGUAUAUUGCAUCUUUCAAAGUACAAAAACCGAUCUUUUCCAACGAAAGAUUGAUCGAAAUGAUGUUGGGCGAUGAAGAUUUCGAAUAUAUGAGUGGUCAUGUAAUUGACGGGCGAAUCUUAUUGCCGGCGACAGGAUAUCUUGUUUUCGUUUGGGAAACUAUCGGCAUGUUGAGGCGUCAGUUACAAACCGAGGUAUCAGUGGUAUUUGAAGAUGUCAAAUUUCUUCGAGCAACACACUUUCCGAAACAGGGAAUUAUAGAAUUGACUAUAAUGAUACAGAAAGUUACCGGAAAAUUCGAGAUAAUAGAAGGAGGUAACGCCGUCGUUACUGGUACCAUUCGCGUUCCGGCAGACAUAACUAAAGAAAAAGUACCGUACUCUUUUCUACGAGAAGAUAAUAACGAAGAAGAAGUUAUGAAAGUAAAAGACAUCUACAAAGAGCUUAAACUGCGCGGAUAUCAAUAUAGCGGCGUAUUUAGAGGAUUAAAAAGUGCAUCUAGCAUGGGGCAACAAGGACACAUAGCUUGGGGACAAAACUGGGUAACGUUCAUGGACUGCAUGCUGCAAAUUCAAAUCCUCGGAAUGGAUACAAAGAGUCUUUAUGUGCCAACGGGAAUACAAAAAUUGGUAAUUGAUCCAAAACUCCACGCACAGCACAUACGAAAUCUGAAAACCGAAGAAAACAAACAGCUUCCUGUAUACGUAUACAAGAACUACGAUACCGUAAUAUCUGGUGGUAUAGAAAUACGUGGUAUAAAAGCUAAUCCUAUAACUCGUCGUAAGACGACGGUGAAUCCUGUUCUCGAAAGACAUGUGUUUGUAGCUCAUCGUGACAAACACGAAAUAUCAUUCAGAGAUGCUAUGAUCUUAUCGAUACAUAUCGCUUUGGAGUAUCAUCAAAUGACAAAAGUAAAUAUAAUCGAGUUGAUUGAAAAUAGUGAUCAGGCUACAACAGAAGAAUUAUCAUCUCCAAUAAUUGCCGAAAUAUUAAGUAAUUUACCACUAAUUCAACCCAAUAUUAAUUUAAUUGCCAGAACUGAUCGUUUUAAUAACAUUGUUCUUCCACCACGAAUCGCACUUUCACAAACAAAAAAGUUAUCGAAAGAUGACAAUGCGAUAUUAGUCGCAGGAUUUAACUUACUUAACAACAGCAAGGUAGAAACUUUGAAGGAAGCGUUACUAGCGCUUAAAAAUGAUGGUUUCUUACUGACACGAGGAGAGCCUGUUACAAAGGACGAUCUUCCGAACGUGGAAAAACAUGGUUUGGUAGUAAUUCUGGAAAAACGUAUAAAGAAGGAACAUAUUACACUUCUAAAACGAAAACGGCAAUCAACCAGAAAAACGGAAGUUAUUCGCGUAAAUAAUUAUGACUUUUCUUGGCUGGAGGAACUCAAGGCAAUUUUAAACGCGGAAAGUGAAUCGAGUAACACUGCGAGAAUAAUAUUGGUUGGAGAAAAAGAUCCAGAAUGUGGUAUAUUAGGGUUAGUCAAUUGCUUGAGGCGAGAACCUGGUGGUGAAUUAAUUAGAGGAAUGUUUAUUCAGGACGAAAAUGCACCAGAUUUUUCUCUGCAUGAACCAUUGUACGCGCAGCAACUCGAACUCGAUCUUAUUAUAAAUGUUUUGCGUCCGGGAAAAGUAUGGGGAUCGUACAGACAUCUCCCGUUAGACCUACCGACAUUAAAGCCCGUACAUCAUGCUUUUGUUAAUCAACUGAUCCGUGGUGAUUUGAGUUCAUUUCGUUGGUUGCAAGGUGCAUUUACCCCGGAUUAUCACCACCAAGAUCUCGUUCAUAUAAUUUACACAUCUAUUAACUUCAAAGACGUAAUGACUGCAACUGGCAAAGUCAACAUGGAUUCAUUCGCAUCUCGUGGACGGCUUGAGGAAUGUUUUAUAGGCUUAGAGUAUGUCGGCAUCGACAAUGCUGGUCGCCGAAUAAUGGGAAUUUGCGAAAAUCAAUGUAUCUCAAAUAUGCAACAAAUCGAUAGAAAGCUAUGUUGGAGUAUUCCAGAGCAAUGGACUCUGGAAGAUGCCGCGACAAUUCCAUGUGCAUACAGUACGUGUUAUUAUGCAUUAUAUAUCCGUGCAAAAAUGAAGAAAGGCGACAAAAUAUUAAUACACUCGGGUACUGGUGCCGUGGGACAGGCAGCGAUUAACCUGUCGUUACACAAGGGCUGUGAAGUAUUUACAACCGUGGGCACUCCAGAAAAACGAAAAUUUAUAAGAGAUACUUUUCCAUCCAUUCCGGAGAGUCACAUCGGAAAUUCGCGGGAUACCAGCUUCGAGCAAAUGGUAUUACAACAGACUAAAGGUCGUGGCGUAGACAUCGUAUUGAAUUCUUUAGCCGAAGAAAAACUUCAAGCGUCUAUCCGUUGCCUGGCGAGAGACGGAUGCUUUUUGGAAAUUGGAAAAUAUGAUUUUCUGUCCGAUAAUUUAUUGGACUUAUCAAUUCUUUCAAAAGGAAUUAAAUUUUUCGGUAUUAUGUUGGAUAAUGUUUUCUUGGCUUCCGAGAAGAUCAGAGAUUACGUUUACACUGUAGUAGCUGAAGGUCUUAAAGUCGGAGCAGUAAAACCUCUUGCCAGGAAAGUUUUUCAGAAGGAUGAAGUGGAGGCUGCGUUUAGAUACAUGGCAGCCGGAAAACAUAUGGGAAAAAUAAUAAUUAAAGUACAAGAAGAAGAUGAUUUUGUGAACGCACCUAUUCUCGCAUUUCCGCGUUAUUAUUGUCCUGCUAAUAAAACGUAUGUCAUCUUAGGAGGUUUAGGCGGCUUCGGUUUGGAAUUAGCUGAUUGGUUAGUUAUUCGAGGUGCACGCAAUCUUGUGUUAAUCUCACGUUCUGGAAUAAAGAACGGGUAUCAGCAUAGGAAGAUUGAAUUAUGGAAAUCAUAUGGAGUAAAUGUUUCAACAAUGUCUAACAUUGACGCAUCAAAUACCAACGAAUGUGAACAUAUAUUAAAAACAGCAGAAAUGUUGGCGCCCGUCGAUGCUAUAUUUAAUCUGGCUGUAGUAUUGAAUGAUAAGCUGUGUCAAAACCAUACCGCAGAAACAUUUCAAGAGUCUUUCAAAGCGAAAGCUUGGGCCACGAAAAAUUUGGACCAAUUGUCUAGAAAGAUAUGUCCACAGCUUCGAUAUUUUGUUGUUUUCUCUUCAGUUUCUUGCGGCAGAGGAAAUACCGGACAAACUAAUUACGGCAUGGCAAAUUCCAUUAUGGAAAGGAUUUGCGAGAGAAGAUCGCGAGAAGGUUUACAUGGUUUAGCGAUUCAGUGGGGUGCAGUGGGCGAUGUUGGUCUCGUAGCUGAUAUGAUGGACAACGACAAAGAGAUGAUAAUUGGUGGCACUUUACAGCAGAAGAUAACUUCUUGUAUAGAAAAGCUGGAAGAAUUCUUGUUACAGGAGCAUCCUAUUGUGGCAAGCAUGGUUGUAGCUGAGAAACGUUCGCAUCUUUUUGGUGCAUUCAAUCUUGUCGAUACGGUGGCUAAUAUUAUGGGUUUAAAGGAUGUGAAUGCUGUGGGUCGCCAUACACCAUUGUCCGAAAUUGGAAUGGAUUCGAUGAUGGCCGUGGAAAUAAAGCAGACGUUGGAACGGGAGUUUGAUAUUUUCCUUACGGCACAAGAUAUUCGUAAUCUUAAUUUUGCUAAACUCAUGGAAAUGUAUGAUAAUGACACACAAGAUGAGAAGAAUUGCUCCAAAUCCGUGCGUGACGCGACUGAUUUAACUGGUAUUAAACUGUUGGUUCGUGUAUUAGGCAACGAACACUUGACGUCUGAUAUUUGCGUGGAUCUUCCGACAAAAUGGACCAGUGCGAAAAGCGAAGUAUUUCUAUUACCAGGAAUGGAAGGUUGCGGAAGUGUAUUUACUCCGCUGGUACAAAAGAUUGAAUCUUCUGCAACAUGUUUACAACAUGGAACGUACAACGUUGGUACGAACUGUACUUCAGUACACGAAAUCGCUGACUGCCUUCUGCAACAUAUUCUUGAGCGAAAUAAGCUGGGACAGAAUUUUGUAAUGGUAGGCUAUUCAUUUGGUUCAAUAAUUGCGAUUGAAUUAGCACGAAGAUUAGAAGCAAUGAAUGUGCAAGGCCGUUUAGUACUCAUUGAUGGUGCACCUGAGCAAAUGAAAGCGAUGGCAAAUCAACAUUUACAUUUUACUACGAUUGAAGAACUUCAGAAUAAUGUUCUCCUAGGUAUAAUGGAUAAUUUGCAACCAGCUAAUAGUGGGAAGCUUCUCUUGGAAUUGAACAAAUGCAUUAACUGGGAUGAGAAAUUGGAUACUUUUAUCAGUCAUGCACCUCCAUCGGAACUGAAUAAGCAAUUUUCGAAUGACAUGAAAAAAGCUUUAUGCACAACAAUCUACAAGCAUGUACUUGCUGUACAUGAAUACAAUGCGACACAAGUACCAAAAAUUGCAUCACCCGUAAUUCUUUUGAAACCGACCGUACAAUCGGUGACUUUUGCUGAAGAAGAUUAUGGUUUAAAUAAGGUUACAAGCGGAAACGUCGAAGUUCAUUAUAUCGAUGGAAACCACGUUACGAUGCUGGACAGUGACAAAGUUGUAGCUGCGAUUAAUGGAAGACAAAUUGAAAGUAUCAAAACAUUACAGCCAAGUUAUACAAUAGAUGACAGUAAAAUCAAUCCUGUCAAAGCCAGAUCAUAGAACAUAGUUCCAAGAAUUGAAAAAGUAUGUAAGAAAAAUUCUAUAUGUAUCCUCAAUUUAAUUAUUGAAUUGUAUAAACUAUAAAGUUAAUACACAAUUGUUCUGUAUGAAUAUAAAUAAACUUUACUGUCUCUUUCUUUCUGUUACAAUAUUUGGAAAGAAAAACCAAAAGAAAUCGUUUUUAGUUAUUAAGUUUUUUAUUUGAUUAUUAACCAGCAGGUACCGCACACUGAGAAACCUAAUUAGUUGAUGGAACCAAAAGUUUUUCGUUGGCGAGUUUUGUUUCAUUGAAAUAAACCACUUGGUUUUUGAAAAAGAUUGGAUUGUUUACAAACACCAACUUCUUUUGUUGGCUGUUAACAAAAGUAUUUUGUUCCCUUAACAAAUAAUACUGAAAUUUAUAUAGUCCAGGAACAAAAAUUGUGUUGUAGUUACAAUCGGUAAUUCGUAGUAUCCGUAUUUAGUAGUAGCAAAAUAGGAGUUUUGUACUUUGAACAAAAUAUUUGGUUCCACAUACAUAUUCUCGCAUCAAAAUUAAUUUGUUCCUAGAACAAAAGUAUUUGUUUGCUCAUAUAGAAACAAAUGAUUUAUGUCAUGUCAACCAAAAUUUGGUUAAUCCAACCAAAUGGGUUUCUCAGUGCACGUAUAUGAUUGUGUUUCUUUUCUUUUUUGCACUUCUUAUUCAAGUCUCCGCGCGCACCGUGUGUAUUUUCUGUUCGUUAACAAUAAAUCUUUUGUGACUUCGGAA